AUCUAGCUGCCAACAACAAGCCACACCUCCUUUCCAGGGAAAGGGAAACUAACUCUGAGCAGCACAAAAUGGCCUACAGUGAGGAUUUGUUCGACUGCUCUAUCUGUUUACAGCUACUGGAGGAUCCUGUGACGACGUCCUGUGGACACAGUUACUGUAUGAAAUGCAUCAAUAACUUCUGGGAUGGACAUAAUGACAGAGGGAAGAGCUACAGCUGCCCUCAGUGCAGGCAGACGUUCUGCCCCAGGCCUGAUCUGAAGAGGAACACACUCCUGGCUGCCCUGCUGGAGGAGCACAGGAAGACACACAGUGAAGACGCUGAUAAUAUCACUCAUGCUGCUCCUGGUGAUGUUCAGUGUGACGCCUGCACAGGGAGAAAAAGAAAAGCGUGCAUGUUCUGUCUUGUGUGUUUGGCCUCUUACUGUAAGACUCAUCUGAAGCCUCACUUUGAGGUGCCCCCCUUAAAAAAACACAAUCUGAUCAAAGCCUCUGCAUGGAUCAUAGACAGAAUCUGUGGCCGUCAUGAUAAACUUCUGGAGAUUUACUGCCGCACGGAUCAGCAGUUCAUCUGCCUGCUGUGUACCAUGGAUGAGCACAAAGGACAUGACACUGUGGCAGUGGCAGCAGAAAAGUGUCAAAUGCAGAGACAACUGGGGCAGACUAAACUGAAAAUAGCAGACAGACUGCUGCACUCGGAGAGUAAAAUAAUGGAGCUGAGGCAGGCUGCAGGCUCUAUAAGAGAUGCUGCAUGGGAGGCUUGUGAGGACCUUGAGCGGCUGUGUGCGGAACACAUCUGUACUUUGGUCCGUUCUGUGGAGAGGAAGCGCUCUGAGAUGAGAGAGAGAGUUGGAGAGGCAGAGAAAUCAGGAGUGGACUGGACCAACAUCCGUGUCGGACAACUGGAGCGUGAAGUGUCCGAGCUGAGGAGCAGAGAGGAUAGACUCAACCAGCUUUCACUAACAGAGGACCCCAUUCAGUUUGUGCAGGGUUUCAAGGCCCUUGGUGACCUCCCUGUGUUCGCAGACUCAAGUCCUGACAAACUGACAGAGUUCAUCUCUGGACAGACAAAAAAACUGAAAGAUCUGUGUAACAAAGAAAAGAUAGAAUUAUUGCGUGAUCCAGAAAAAAAUCUGUUAUGGAAACGACCAACGAUUAAGGAGAAAACAAUAUCAAGGAUGUAUCUUUUGACCAAAUAUCAGGGAGACACCACCCUGGAGGUGGACCCCAACACAGUAGCUGCAUGUCUUCAUUUGUCAGACAGAAACAGAGAGAUAUCAUGGAGCGACCGGGACCAGGCUCACCCUGAUCAUGCAGACAGAUUCUCCUACUAUCACCAGGCUCUGUGCAAAAACAGCCUUCAGUACAGCCACUACUGGGAGGUGGAGUGGGAUGGGGGCAUUGUGGAUUUGGCUGUGUCGUACAGAAGCAUUGAAAGAAAUGGUUCGGGCAAAAGUUGCUGUUUCGGCCACAACGAGCUGUCUUGGAAAUUAACCUGCUCGUUGUCCGGUUGCACAUUUUGGCACAAUAAUCUUCACAAAGGCCAAAUUCCUCCGGUUCUCUCCCGCAGAGUGGGCAUACAUCUUGAUUUUGAAGCAGGAACUCUGGGCUUCUACAGUGUUUCUGACUCGGGCAGUUUCUCACAGCUGCACCACGUCCAGACCAUUUUCACCGAGCCUCUGUAUCCUGGGUUUUCCGUGGAUUUGGGUGCGACACUUAAAAUAUGCCAACUCGAAGCCACAAUUAAAGCCGCUGGACCUCCUGUCAUUUAAAGAAACCAAAUGCCUCAGGGAAACCAGAGAUGUUGCAGUUUACAUCCAUGUCUGUCCAAAAUGUCAUAAUUUCAUAAUUGCUUCCAAGCCAUUUGUGCUUAAUUUCAAAAUAAGCAUUUAAAUUAUUGAGAUGGUCAGAAAACCCUAAAAAUAAAUAUGUACAAAAUUAGGAAUAAUACUCACAUAAUGGGUAUUUGUACUGAUAAUUCUGGAAACGAAUAAAUAGUUGAAAAUAUAUCUUUUAGUUAAGCUAUUUGUUCUCUAAAAUGCCUCUAUAUAGCACAUCAAAAUACUUUUUUUAUAUAACUUCUAUACUUGCUCAUCAGGGCACAUUUUCAAAGUGGGCUUAUUCAAAAGAUGGUGUCUCAGUAUUUUGCAGGCUGAUUUGAUAUUAUAAAAAAUACUUGGAACAAUCACUCUGUUGUGUCUUGUGCUAGGGUUUAAUAAUUGGGAAAAGGCCACCAAUGGUUUAUGGAGUUUAAAUCCUUGAUUAUUGUAAAUACUGCUAUGCUUAUCCUUUAUUUUCAAUGAUCAAACAAUCAGUUAAGCAGCAUAUUCUUGCUUUAAAGGUAGGGGUAAGAAUGGAGAAACCAGCUCGAGUGCGCUAGAAUUUGAAAGUAGCAGCCGAAAACAAUCUGGCCCUCCCUUCAGACUUCCUUACAGAGCACCUCCUCUAACACACACGGAGGUGCACAUGACCAAUGAGGGCAUGAGAUAAGUUUGUGCCCAGAUGGAAGGCUGACAGGCAGGUAGGCCAUCCAGUUAUUUUAGCCGGGCCGGCUCAGAUGAUUGGUCGUGCUUUUGGAUGUUAAGAGCAUUCCAUGGAAUAUAACAAAAAGUGUUUCUGAAGUGAAUUACUUAUACCCUACCUUUUAAUAGACUUCAAUAAAGGGCAAUUUUA